AUGUUUCCGAAGACACGCGUCUUCGACGCGCGGCUGACACGUGUCGCUCUUCUCCUGUUGGUCGGCGCGAUCGUGGCUUACGGCGGCGCGCCAUGCGAGCCGUCUUCCCUGCGCGGGUUCACCAAUUCCGUUGACCUAUCGGGAAACGGUCUCGUGCUGCACUGGGCGCGCAACGCCUCUCAUCUGCAGCUCGCACUAGAAGCCAAACCGGCCAGUGGGGCCGAGUCCGGCUGGUUCUCCCAGAAACUGGCCGUCGUUCAUUCGCUAACCCCCACCCCUUGCACCACGCCUCUUUCCCGUGUCUCCUCCAGUCUCGUGCUGCACUGGGCGCGCAACGCCCCGCACUUGCAGUUCGGACUAGAAGCCAAACCGGCCAGUGGGGCCGAGUCCGGCUGGUUCUCCCAGAAACUGGCCGUCGUUCAUUCGCUAACCCCCACCCCUUGCACCGCGCCUCUUUCCCGUGUCUCCUCCAGUCUCGUGCUGCACUGGGCGCGCAACGCCUCGCACUUGCAGUUCGCACUAGAAGCCAAACCCGCCAGUGGGGCCGAGUCCGGCUGGUUCUCCGUCGGCUGGACGGCAAACCGUGGCCGUAUGUACCCCGCGGAUUGCGUGAUUGGGAACCUUCCGGGAAGCAGCGUGCGCGCGUAUCGGAUCUCCGGAUACAGCCGGUUCUCUCGUUUCCGAGGGGAUGGAGGGACGGUUCCAGUGAGUUUCAGCGGCAGCAGCAGCCUCAUCUGGGCUUUCUCUGAGUCUGGAUCGACUGAGCUGGCCUUCCAUGGCGACAACGCAGGUUCAAUGAAUGUGGACUUCUCAUGUGCGUCUGCACCUUCCAGCUCACAAGGAGGAGGAGGUGGUGGUGGUGGUGGCAUUGGUGACAAUGAUGCUGGCAUGGGUGGUGGAGAUGAUGAUGAUGAUGAUGAUGAUGAUGAUGCAUAUGAUAAUGAUGACAGGGAUGAGGGUGAUUUUGAGAGGGGGGGUGAUGAUGGUGGUGAUGAUAACGAGGAGGGGGACGAGAAGGAUUAUGGGCGAUGGAAGGAGAGGCAUAAUGAUAAAGAUGAUGAUGAUGGGAAUGAUGUUAUGGAUGAUGGUAAUGAUAAUGAUGAUAUCAAGAGGGGAGAGGAUGGGGAUAAUGAUGGGGAUAACGAUGAUGAUGAUGAUGAUGAUGAUGAUGAUGAGGAUGAGGAUGAGAGAUACGGGAAGGAGGGUAAUGGCUCCUCAAAUGGUGAUGGUGAUGGUGAUGGUGAUAAGGAAGACGUUGAGAGUGGGGAUGAUGAUGAUGCGGAUCAAUAUGAUGAUAGGUUUGGGGAGGUGGAUAAUGAUGGUGAUGAUGACGAUGAUGCUCAUAAGGAGGAAAAUGGAGGGAACCAGUCAUUGGCAUCCACUUUCAUCCUUCACUGGAAAACUGGGGCUGAUACAAUAGCAAUGGCUGCUGACGUGGCGACGUCUGGUUGGGUGGCAGUUGGAUGGUCCAGCAGCGGCAAGAUGUACCCCGCUGAUGCAGCCAUUGGGAAUCUGCCACGUGGCACUCUCGCCAAUGGGGCGGCGGUGGGAGCAUACCACCUCAGCGGGUAUGGCCUGUCUGACGUGGCGCUGACGUCAUCAUUUGAGCUCACCAACACAUCGGCCACCACAGCGAAUGGGAGAACCACCAUCACCAGUGGCGCCUGGGCCUUGUCUCUCCUCCCCUUCAUCCGUAUCGUCUACCCACAACCCCUCUCCCCUAUCCUCAAUUCGCUUGCAGCUUCGAGCGACCCCUCUCAGUGGGAGCCGUCCCCAUCAGCAGCCGCGGCGCCACCAGCGUGCUCUGGGCCUUCUCUCGCUCUGACUCGCAGCAACUGGACGACCACGGGCCAAAUGAGUGAGUGGGCCAAGUUAAAAGGGGGGGCAUAUCCGUUCUGUGUUCGAAAAGUGAGUGACAUGCUAGCAUGGGUGAGCACCAGCGUGCUCUGGGCCUUCUCUCGCUCCGACUCGCAGCAACUGGACGACCACGGCCCCAACGAGUGA